AUGUCAGAUGAUGCUGUUAAUCCGAAACGGAGGCGCCUGACCAGUCCAGAUAAGGGGGGUGCAGAAAGAGGAGCAUCGGGAAAGGAGUUCCAAAUUCUACAAGGGUACCGCAACUUUGAAGAUGAUGUGGCACACGAUAGAGCUACCGUCGCACGUACGGGAGAUAUUUCUGUCGCUGUGCAGCGGCUGGAAGAGGUUAAUAUGCUUUUUAAGCAGGCGGGCGAUCUGAACCUGAGCGUCAAUUCUCUUUUUGCCCAGGAUUCGCAUGCCGUGAUGAGCGUCAGCGAACUUGCAAGCUUGAGUAUACGCAAUCUAAAACUGACAAAUGCGGGGAAGCUUUUGAGCCCUGAGGAGUUUGUCAACGGGGCGAAGCGGUUUCUGCUGGAAGACUACCUUGAGUUGAAUCACGUGAGUGUACCUGGCUCUAUGUAUCCGGAAACAGACGAUGCUAGCAAUACCCAGAACGACAGCAUCGAAAAUGAUGGAGAUGCUACCAGCGACGCUCUAGAUGAGAGCACCAAUCAGCAUGCGGAUGCUGCUCUUCGCCAGAGCAUGCAGCGCAACUCCUAUCUCAGGCAAUUCGAAGCGUAUGGAGAUUUUGCACAGUUCAACUGGUUUAAGAUGGGUGCGUUAUUCCAGCAACUUGGCGGCGCACCAACGCUAGUGGACCACAUGUUGGGGCCACUCGCAGUUCAGAAGAAGACGCGUGUGGCGACCCAGCGGCGGGCAGUGGAAAACGUCGGAGCUAAGACGACAGCAGAGGCAGUUACGCGCGAGACGCUCAACUCCAAUCAGUCAGAGACCACUCCGGAACAGGUUAAAAAGUGUUUCCAGGUGCUAAUUCAGAAAAAUGGCUACAAUAGUAUCAGUUUAUUUCGAUUUAUCAUUGAUCCCAGCUCUUACGCUCGCUCAAUUGAAAACCUUUUCUACACUAGCUUUCUUAUCAAGGAAGGACGGCUAGUCCUAGAAGAUGACGAUGAGGGCUUCCCGGCCAUCCGACCCAAGGAACCCCUCCCGCAGGAUCCCGCCGAAAAGGAACUGGAACGGCAGCGACGGAAUGACGCGCGCCAGAAGCAUAUCAUCUUCCAAAUGGACAUGGCCACGUGGAGGAAGCUUAUAGACAAGUUCCACAUCACAGAGUCAUUUUUACCGUGA